AUGCAGGUUUGGAGAGUUAAGCAGGCUCAGGUGGUUUCUCUGGACAAAGUUGUAGAAGGGGAGGGAGUCAAGGAGGUGGCAGUGGAAAAAUUGGAUAAAGGGAAAGAAGUUGUGGUUGAAGCUACCCCUCCAGUAACUCCAAGUGCCUUACCUUCUCAGGAGGAAUUUAACAAAGUCAUCAAUGGAGUUAAACCUAAACCAAAGAAAAAUGCUUCACCUGUUCUUCAUUCAAAUGCUUUUGAGGUGUUGUUGUGGUAG